AUGGCUCGUCACCAGAACCCUCCCUUCCGUGCUGAGCACUUAGGCUCUCUGCUCCGGACAGACCUUCUCGUGCAGAAGCGCGAUGAAUUGGUCGAGGGCAAAGUCACCAAAGAAGACCUCGUCCCGAUUGAGGAUCGGGACAUCAAGGACAUUGUCGCUAAGCAGCAAGAGCUCGGAUACCGUGGUAUCACGGACGGCGAGUACCGCAGACACAUGUUUUGGGGCUCCUUCUUCCCCGGCCUCGAAGGCUUCUCGGGGGUUGCAAAGCCAGACAUCGACAUGUUCCGCCUGUACAUGCCCGACAUUGCAGCCUUUACCGAGGAAAAAGUCGAGCCUGGCGAGACAGUCAUCUGCACAGGCAAGAUCAAGCACAAGGGCAGCACGUAUGUCAACGAUUUCAAAUGGCUGGCCAGUCUAGUCAAGCCCGAAGAGGUCAAGAACCUGAAGAUCACCCUCGCGGCACCCAACUGGUACCAUCUGCGGUACAAGGAAGGCGUCGCAUACCCCAAGGACGUCUAUAGCUCCGACGAGGAGUACUUUGGCGACAUUGCCAAAGCGUAUCAGGAAGAACUGCGCAUCUUGUACGAGGCGGGGUGCCGAAAUGUGCAAUAUGACGAUCCUAACCUUGCCUACUUUUGCUCGGAGAAGAUGAUCGAAGGCUGGAACGCCGAUCCUCUGAACAAGGGCCAGACCACCGAGGAGCUACUCGACAAGUACAUCAAGCUCUACAACGACUGCCUCGCGACACGCCCAGCCGACCUGCACGUCGGCGUGCAUCUCUGCCGCGGAAACUUUCACAAAUCGCGCCAUUUUUCCGAAGGUGGAUACGACCGCAUCGCCGUGAAGCUGUUCCAGAAGCUCAACGUGGACACGUACUACCUGGAAUACGAUACCGAGCGGGCCGGCGGCUUCGAGCCCCUGAAGCAGCUGCCAACGAGCAAGAAUGUUAUUCUGGGUGUUGUCACUUCCAAGUUCGAUACUAUGGAGGACAAGGAGGAGAUGAAGAAGCGUAUCCAGCAGGCUGCCGAGUUUAUUGCCGCGGGCAACAAUAUCUCUGUCGCCGAUGCCCUCAAGCAGUGCGGCGUCAGCCCCCAGUGCGGAUUCGCUAGUCACCAUGGUGGCAACGCGAUCAGUCGCGAGGGCAUGUUCAAGAAGCUAAAACUGGUGCGUGACAUUGCAAACGAUAUCUGGCCGAAUGAGCCUUGA